AAAAAAAUAUACUUCUCAAUGCAAUUUGAAAUAAAUGAAGACUCACGUAUAGCUUUAUUAUAGUGUUGAAGUUUUUUCAUUGUUUGUCAUUGUCUAUACUGUACCACGUGAAUAGAACGUAUAUCCUCGGACAGUCGAAUGUGAACAUAAUAACAAUAAAAUUGCACAUUAUAUUAAUAUUUGUGAUUGCAAAAUGAAUUUACAACAUAGAGUUUCAUAAAUACAACUUGUAACUGUCUUCAUAAUUUGCUAUUAUUAUUUGUAUAUUAAUUAAAUAACUUACAAUGGCUGCUCCAAAGGGUGCUUCUUGCGGCUUAGAUUUUUGUUCAAUUCCAAGUCUAAAAGAUAGUUUGCACAUAGCAAAUUCUUCUAGAUAUCAAUUUGUAACCAUUCCAAUAGUCAAUCCUCAAUUUAAAAGAGAAUUCAUUAGCGGGAGUGCUAAAAAUCGACCAGGACCAUGGGCACGGUCAGAUAUGAUAUUGUGUAGCUCAGAUUGGAAUACUUUGGUUGUUGGAAAACUUUCACCUCAUAUAUACGUUGACGCUCAAGUGCCUUUUGUAGCCAAAAAUAGCGAAGAAGCUUUAUCUCAAGAAUUAGCACUAGCAACUCACUUGGGAUUGUGUGCUAUCACUUUUAAGUUAAAAGGAAAUUUGGACCAAAAUAUGAAUUUAGCUAGAAUAAUUUUUGAUAAAAUUGGUGCAACACCUCAUUUUAUGACACAAGUGUGGGUACAAAUACCAAUGGAAAAUCCAAUGAAACAAGCUUAUUCAUAUAGAGAAGAUGUAGACGUAGAUAGUAUGGAGAUUGAAAGUACUUGGCACUGGUGGAAUAAUUUUAGAGUUGUCUGUGAUUAUGAUAAAAAAUUAAUUGUCGCCUUAAUUGUUAGUCAUGAUCUUCCAGAUCAAAAUGAGAUUGAUAGAUGGCUGGGUGAACCUGUAAAAUGUUUGAUUAUACCCACAACAGUAUUUAUUACCAAUAAGAGAGGAUUUCCCGUGUUAAGUAAAGCUCAUCAAAUAAUGGUUAAAAAAUUCUGUGCAUUUGAUGUACAAUUUGUCAUAAGUGGUGCUAAUAGACAUGAAAAUAUAGCUAUCUAUCUUCAUUAUAUUGAUCAUUUGUGGAAAAACUGGCAACCUGAUGGACCAAUUGAACGUUUUGCCCGUGGAUUUGAAGAUUAUCUUCAAUGUCCCUUGCAACCAUUAAUGGAUAACUUGGAAUCUGGGACUUAUGAAGUUUUUGAAAAAGAUCCUAUAAAAUACGCAGAAUAUCAAUCAGCCAUUCAGAAUGCAUUAACAGACUUGGGGUUGAAGAAAAAGCAAUUAAAUGAUAAAGAGCCUAUCGUUGUUAUGGUUGUUGGUGCUGGACGUGGACCGUUAGUUCGUGCUGCUUUGAAUGCUUCUAUUAAUGCAAAACAAAAAAUUAAAGUAUAUGCUGUUGAAAAGAAUCCAAAUGCAGUUCUGACUUUACAAGCUUUACAACAAGAAAUGUGGAAAGACCUUGUUACAAUUGUAGCGUGUGAUAUGCGAGAAUGGAAUGCACCUGAGAAAAGUGAUAUUUUAGUUUCGGAGCUAUUAGGAUCUUUUGGUGACAAUGAAUUAUCUCCAGAAUGUUUGGAUGGCGUUCAACAGUUUUUAAAAGAUGACGGGAUCAGUAUACCGUGUUCAUAUACUUCUUACAUAGCUCCAGUUCAAUCACCUAGAUUAUACAAUGAAGUUAGAGGAUGUAAAGAGAAAGACAAACACCCAUUAGCUCACUUUGAAAUGCCUUACGUUGUUCACUUACAGAAUAAAUAUGAUAUUGAUUUGCCACAGCCACUUUUUACCUUUUAUCACCCAAAUAGAGAUGCUAAAGUUGAUAAUUCAAGAUAUGGCAAAAAUACAUUUAAGGCAAAACAAGAUUGCGUCCUUCAUGGAUUUUCAGGAUAUUUUGAUGCAGUUUUAUACAAAAAUAUAAAGAUUAGUAUUGAACCAAGAACUCACAGUCCUAGAAUGUUUAGUUGGUUUCCAAUUUUCUUUCCAAUAAAGGAUCCAAUAACUUUGAAAGCUAAUGACGAAAUAGUUAGCCAUUUUUGGCGCCGUUGUAAUUCAAAGAAUGUUUGGUAUGAAUGGACGAUAGAAAAACCAAUACCCAUUCCAAUUCACAACCCUUGUGGAAGGUCUUCUUUAAUUGGAUUGUAAAUAGGAAUCUACGGCUCAUCUGUGAAAUUAAUUUCUGGAAUUGUACCAAUGAUUUUUUUAUUUUCACACAGUGAAGUUGAUCUUUUAAGUUGAAUUAACAACGAUACCGAUU